AUGGUAACUUCAGUCACGAAUCGUCAAAUCAAUAGCUUCAGAUUCAAAAAUACAUUUUUUAAAAAAAAUUGCAUUUUUUCUUUUUCUUUCAUUUCUUCAUUUUCUACAAUUUCCUCAUUUUCUUUCAUUUCUUUUCUUUCUUUCAUUUUUUCACUUUCUUUCAUUUCUUCGUUUAGUUUAAUUUUUUUCUCUUUCUUUCAUUACUUCAUUUUUUUCCUUUCCUCUUUUAUUUUCAUUUCUUCUUUUCCUUUCAUUUUUUUCAUUUUCUUUCAUUUCUUCUUUUUCUUUUAUUUCUCUCUUUUCUUUUAUUUCUUUAUUUUUCAUUUUUUUCUUUUUUUUCAUUUCUUCUUUUUUCUUUUAUCCAUUUUUCCUUUCUUCUCUUUCUUUUAUUUCUUAAUUUUCUUUCCUUUCUCUUCUUAUUUAAUUUCUUCAUUUUCUUUCAUUUCUUUCACUUUCAUUUCUUCAAUUUCUUUCAUUUUUUUCUGUUUCUUUCAUUUAUUCUUUUUCUCUCAUUUCUUCAUUUUCUUUAAUUUCUUCUUUUCUUUCAUUUUUCACUUUCUUUCAUUUCUUCAUUUAGUUUAUUUUUCUUUUUCUUUCAUUUCUUCAUUUUCUUUCCUAUCUUUUUUCUUUCAUUUCUUUCGUUUCUUCAUUUUCUUACCUUUCUUCUUUUUCCUUUCAUUUAUUCUUUUUCUUUUAUGCAUUUUUCAUUUGUUACUUUUCUUUUAUUUCCUCAUAUUUUCCAUUAUCUUCUUCUUUCAUUUCUUCAUUUUCUUUCACUUUCAUUUUUUCACUUUCUUUCAUUUAUUCUUUUUCUUACAUUUCUUCAUUUUCUUACCUUUAUUCUUUUACUUUCAUUUCUUCCUUUUCUUGCAUUUCUUCAUUUUUCAUUUAUUCCUUUUCUUUCAUUUCUUCCUUUUUCAUUUAUUCUUUUUCGUUCAUUUCUUCAUUUUCUUACCUUUCUUCUCUUUCUUUCUUUUCUUCAUUUUCAUUCGUUUCUUCUUUAAAUUGUUUCUUAUUCUUUCAUUUCUUCAUUUUCUUUCCUUUCCUCUUUUAGUUUCAUUUCUUCUUUUUCUUUCAUUUCUUCAAAUUGUUUCAUUUCUUCAUUUUCUUUCCUUUCUUCUUUUACUUUCAUUUAUUCGUUUUCUUUCAUUUAUUCUUUUUUUCUUUUAUCUAAUUUUUCAUUUCCUCUUUUUCUUUUAUUUCCUCAUUUUCUUUCCUUUCUCUUCUUAA